GCCGUCUUCUUCAUAACAACCAGGAAAGCUGUCUAAAUAGCUGCAGUUUAGGAUUUAUUAGCUCAGUAGUUAAAGCUAAUUUUGCUUUCUGCUACCUGGAGAUGUUUAUUUAGUUAUUUUUAUAUAUUCUUACGGCGUUUUUUCUCAAAUGUAGAUCUUCUUUUUAAAUUUCGCGCUGUUUGCUCCUCCUCUGUGUCGGUCGCCUCCGUUGGUUCCCUCAUCCUGAGCUGAGGUACAGCAGGAGAUGAGUUUAUUCCCGUCGUUAUUAAUCAUCGGUAGACGCGUUUCUUUUUAAAUGGAGGUGACGGAUAUAGGAAACAAAGAAGAAGGAAAGAUUUGGCUUCAAAAACCAACACCUGGCAGAAGAGUAUUGGUGACAGUGGUCCGCACUGCCCAGCAGACCAAGACGGUGCGUUUCUUACAUGUGGCCUUCGACACCACAGGGGACUGCUUCCUGGCAGGAGAUCACCAUGGCAACAUCUACCUCUUUGACAUCAGCAGAAACAGGUUUCGCUUGGUGCAGAAAACAGGACAAGCGUGUACCGCUAUUGCUUUUAGCCUCCGCAGGACAACAGAGUUUCUUGUAGCUCUGGCUGACUACAGCAUCAAAUGCUUCGACAAAGACACCAAGCAGCUGGUGAGUUGGAUGCGAGGUCAUGAGGGAGCUGUUUCAUCCAUCUCCGUCCAUAGCUCAGGCCGCUACGCCAUCACAACAUCAUCAGACACAGCGCAGCUCUGGGACCUGGACACCUUCCAGAGGAAGAGGAAGCUGAACAUCAGACAGUCUGUUGGCAUACAGAAGGUGUUUUUCCUUCCCCUCAGCAACACCAUCCUCAGCUGUUUCAGUGAUGACUCCAUCUUUGCCUGGGAGAGCGACACCCUGUUCUGCAAAUACCAGCUUCCCGUUCCUGACUCUGGACCCAGAAUCUCUUAUAAGGCCUUUGCUGUCACACGUAAUGGUAAAAGCCUAGCUGCAGGCGGCCGCUCCAACCUGUUACACCUGUGGUGUUUGGAAAGCCAGCAGCUGGUCAGGGUGAUCCAGAUGCCAACUCAGGUCCGAAGUGUCAGGCAGCUGGAGUUCCUGUCUGACAGCUUUGAUGGAGGAGCCAGUCAGACGUUGGGAGUGUUGAGCCAGGAUGGUGUGAUGCGGUUUGUCAACAUCCACACAUGCAAACUUCUCUUCCACAUGGGUUCUGUGGAUGAGGCCAUCGCAGCCGUCGCAGUCGGCCCAAAUAGUCGGCAUAUCGCAGCUAUCAUGGACAACGGCAGCAUUAACAUCUACAGCAUGCAGAGCGUGACGCAGGAGUUAAACAAGCCUCCUCCGUUUAAGGUAGCUGUGGUCUCUGGAGGGGAAGCUGAUCAGGACUUUUCUAACAUAAAGAUCAAGGUUAAAUCAGAGAAGAUUCAGAGACCAGCCAAGAGCUCAGGCAGAGGAACAAAGGUGAAGACACUAAGGCCACCUGCAGGGUCUGCAGCUGACGACAAAGAGAAUGAACUACCGUCUGGUCUGAAUAAGAAGAGGCUUUUAGCUCUGCUGAAAGCUUUUGGAGAAUUUCCAGCUAAAUACAGGAUGUUUGUAUGGAAGUCUUUGCUGUGUCUCCCAGAGAACUACGCAGCUUACAGCAGUCUGACUGACAAAGGUCUGCAUUCAGCAUUCCUUACCCUGCAUGACAAGUACCCCAUCAAAAGCCUCAAGCUGCAGAGGGGCCUGCAAAGGGUUUUGUCUGCCUUAGCUCAUUGGGCAGCCAUUUUUGCUGAGGUUGAAUAUCUCCCUUUGGUAGCUUUUCCUUUUGUUAAGCUUUUCCAGAACAAUCCCAUGCUCUGCUUUGAGGUGGUGGCUACUGUCAUAGUGAACUGGUGCCAACACUGGUUUGAGUAUUUCCCCAACCCUCCUCUGAACAUCCUGAGCAUGGCAGAGAACGUUCUGGCGCACCACGACAAGGAGCUGCUGCAGCACCUGGUGGACUGCGGCAUCACCUCACAGCUGUAUUUGUGGCCCCUGUUGGAGACGUUAUUCUCAGAGGUUCUAACACGUGAUGAGUGGCUCCGCCUGUUUGACAACAUCUUCUCCAACCACCCCUCCUUCCUGCUGAUGGCCUGUGUGGCUUACGUCAUCUCCUGCCGGGAACCUCUGCUGCUGUGCUCCCAGAAGAAGGACUUUGAGUACUUUUUUCACCAUCGAAACAACCUGGAUGUUGGGGCUAUGAUAAAGGAGGCUUACAGGAUCAUGUGCAGCACGCCAGCGGACAUUCACCCCCGAACCAUGCUCUCCGACUUUACCCCCCUCACCAGCGGCCAAUACCCCGUCUUCAACCAGUACCCAGAAUUCAUAGUGGAAUACCAAAGCAGGGAGAGGGAGCGAAUACGGCUGCAGGAGAUGGAGUAUAUAAAAGAGCGGCAGGAGUUGUCAGCUCUCCGAGCAGAUUUUGUGCGUCGCCAGGCUGAAGAGAAAGCCUACUUUGCCCAACAGGAGUUGCUUCAGAAAGCAGAGGAGCAGCGCAGGAACAUCCUGGCACAGGAAGAGGAGAACCUAGCACAGCAGAGGACAAAGUUGGCAGCUAUGAAGAGAGAGCUGAAGGUGAAGGAGUUACACCUGCUGGACGCAACUAGAAGACGCUUUCUGAAACAACAACAGGAGCUCCAAGCCUCACAGAUUCAGAGACUGGAUCAGGAGAUCAGCUGGAAGAUGGAUCUGCGUGAGCAAGAGACGGCUGCAGCAGUUCAGGACCUAGAAGUCAGACAGAUGGAGCUGGAGGCACAGAGGAAGCAACUUGAGCAGGACCUGCUGAAGGAACAGAAGCGUUUUGGACUUGAGGUGGAAGAAGAAGUACAGCUAAAAAUGAGGGAGGCCGAGAGGGCAGAGGAGAGUUACUCAGAGAUGCUGCACAACACAGAGAAAAACCUGCAGGCCCUGGAGGAGUCCCUGGCAGAGGCACACCAGCUGGGCAUGGAGUCCGACUGGCAGAGGGAGGUGCUGGAUCGCCUGCAGCAGGUCGAUGCUGAGCAGGAGAGGAAGAGGGAGAGACUGGCACAGCUUCAAAGGCAAACUCUGGCAGAGGAGGAGAGGCUGGCUUACACCAUGAGAGAAGUGGCAGCAAGAAAAGCUGUGUACAGAUAUUUCCUCUGGCUGCUGUUAUUUAUGGAGAACCAUGUUGGUGAUUUUCAGUGGGAUGAAGUGGCGAGUAUCAGAUCACAGCUACAGGAGCAGAGAGCUGCCUGGUCCACAGCAGAACCAGGAGUGAGACAGAGGAAGACACAGUCACAGUGUCCGUCUCAAGGACCUUUGCCUAGACCUGCUGCCUCUGUUGCAACCAAAGGUGUAAAUACAGCUGUGGGAGGCUGCGGGGCCCCCACCCAGAGGCAGGCAGGAGCCACCAUGGUGUGUCUGAACAGCAGCUCACCCUCAGGGAGCACCUCCACCAACUUCUCCUUGGACCGAGGUCGGGCCCAUUUGGACAGCAGUGAGCGGGAGCUACUGAAGGAAAUCAGGGAACUGAGACAGAAGCUGGCAGCCAGAGCCAGAGAGACCUGCUCAGCCUCCUCACAGUCUGUCCACACGCUGUCUUCUGUCUCCUAGUGACCACCAGCUGCCUUCUGUCAUCUGUCUGUGUUAGGAAACAUAUUCUGAACCUAAGCUCUCUGCAGCAUAACACAAACAGUGACUCAGACUGUGGACCAUACGGACUAGCUGCUGCCUGUUUUUCUGGCACGCAUCCUUCCACCUCAGACGGAUUAUAGGUUUUUAUCUGAUGAUAACUCAAAUAGACUGAAUUUACAUGAUAAUUCUUUUACCUCUUAUCCUUGAUACAUGUUUGCAACUUUAUUAAAUUCCGUUCUUAUUCAGCCUGUUUGUGUCUCUGCAAUCUCUGCAUCUUUCUUUCCUUAUUUGUCUUUCUUGUUUCAGCUCUUUGAACAGUCCUUACUC